CCAGCAGUUCGGGCGAGCGCUGCACUGGGGAUAGAGGGAAUGUGAGAGAGUAAGCAGAGAAGGGAGGGAGGGAGAGAGAGAGAGAGAGAGAUACGCAGCGCAGACACACCACUCUGCAACUUACGAAAGUCUUGCAAACAAAACACCAAGAGAGAAAGAGCAAACAGAGAGAAAAAAAGUUGCUGCUCACUUUCUGAGGAUACGUUUGGUAGUCAUGUAAUUUUAUGCAGCACUGAUUUGAAAUAAUCUCCCACUGUAAAAAAAAAGACAAAUCUGAGAGAAAAUGAAUUUGGCGACGCUACUCUUUGCGAGUUUUUUCUGUGCGACGCUGAAGGUGCGGGAAAUAAUUUCGCAGUCAGUGUGUGCCGGGACUGAGAACAAGCUCAGCACCCUGUCUGACCUGGAGCAGCAGUACCGCGCACUACGGAAGAAUUAUGAGAAUUGUGAAGUUGUCAUGGGCAACCUGGAGAUCACUAACAUCGACCGGAACAGGGACCUCUCCUUCUUGCGGUCCAUUCGCGAGGUCACUGGAUAUAUCCUGGCUGCCCUGAACCAGUUUGAAUAUCUGCCUCUGGAAAAUCUGAGAAUUAUUCGAGGGACGAAGUUGUAUGAGGAAAGAUACGCUCUAACUAUCCUGCUGAACUACAAGAAAGAUGGAACGUUUGGAUUGAGGCAGCUGGGCCUACAAAACAUGACAGAAAUCCUGAAUGGAGGCAUCUACAUUGACCAGAACAAGUUUCUAUGCUAUGUCAACACCAUUCAUUGGCAAGAUAUCGUGCGUGACCCUCGCACUGCGGACAUUAUAAUCGUCCCCACCAACACCACUGCAACAUGUGGAAGAUGCCACAAAUCUUGCAAUGGCCGAUGUUGGGGUCCAUCUGAGAAUCAAUGUCAGACCCUCACAAAAACGGUGUGUGCCCAGCAGUGUGACGAGAGAUGCUUCAGCCCAUUUGUUAGUGACUGCUGCCAUCGGGAAUGUGCAGGCGGCUGCUCAGGCCCAAAGGACACGGAUUGCUUUGCCUGCACCAACUUCAAUGACAGUGGAGCUUGUGUCAUUCAGUGCCCUCUGCCUUUCUUCUACAACACAGUAACAUUCCAGGUGGAACCCAAUCCCAGUGCCAAGUAUACAUACGGAGCCUUCUGCGUCAAGAAAUGUCCGCAUAACUUUGUAGUGGAUCACAGCUCCUGCGUACGGGCGUGCCCCAGCAACAAGAUGGAAGUGGAAGAAAAUGGAAUCAAAGUAUGCAAGCCCUGCACGGACAUUUGUCCAAAAGCUUGUGAUGGCAUUGGAACUGGAAGUUUGCAGAUGGCGAAAACUGUGGACUCGAGCAACAUUGGCAAGUUUACAAACUGCACCAAAAUCAACGGAAACCUUAUCUUCCUCAUUACUGGCAUUGAGGGGGACCCCUAUCAUAACAUCGAGGCUUUGGAUCCUGAAAAACUGAACGUCUUUCGGACAGUCCGAGAGAUAACAGGUUUUUUGAAUAUUCAGUCAUGGCCAAGAAAUAUGACAGAUUUCAACGUGUUUGCUAACCUAGUGACAAUAGGUGGCCGGAGUCUGUACAGUGGGAUCUCGCUGCUGAUUCUGAAGCAGCAGUGGAUAACGUCCCUCCAUUUCCAGUCGCUGAUGGAAAUAAGUGCGGGCAAUGUGUACGUGUCUGACAACCCCAACCUGUGCUACUAUCAUACAGUCAACUGGACUGUCCUCUUCAGAACCAGCAUGCAGAAACCAGUCAUAAAGAACAACAGGAACUCACAGAACUGCACUUCCGACAGGAUGAUGUGUGACGUCUUGUGUUCCGAUGACGGAUGCUGGGGUCCUGGACCAAACCAGUGCCUGUCUUGCCGAUUCUUCCGCCGGGGAAGGACCUGUAUUGAAUCUUGUAACCUGUACGAAGGGGAUUUUCGAGAAUUUGCAAAUGGUACAGUCUGCAUGGAAUGCGAUGAGCAGUGUGAAAAGAUGGAGGAGGAUGUGGUCACGUGUCACGGAACGGGCCCCGACCACUGCACCAAGUGCUUGCACUACAAGGACGGUCCCAACUGUGUGGAGAAGUGUCCCGAUGGUCUUCAUGGUGCUAGUGGGUUCAUCUUUAAGUAUGCUGACUCCAACCGAGAAUGCCACCCAUGCCAUGCCAACUGCACCCAGGGGUGCACAGGCCCACGUAUUCGGGACUGCAUCGAGCUGAUGGAUAGGACCCCGCUGAUAGCUGCCGGAGUGAUAGGCGGGCUCUUCAUCGUGGUGAUCCUUGGGCUGGUGGUCGCUGUGUACCUGAGGAGGAAGAGCAUCAAGAAGAAACGGGCAAUGCGCCGCUUCCUGGAGACUGAGCUGGUGGAACCUUUAACUCCCAGUGGUGCUGCACCUAAUCAGGCCCAGCUUAGGAUCCUCAAGGAGACCGAGCUGAAACGCAUCAAGAUUCUUGGCUCUGGCGCCUUUGGGACCGUCUACAAAGGCAUCUGGGUCCCCGAGGGGGAGACGGUGAAGAUUCCUGUAGCCAUUAAGAUCCUCCGUGAGAGAACAGGUCCCAAGGCGAAUGUGGAAUUCAUGGAUGAAGCCCUAAUUAUGGCCAGCAUGGACCACCCUCACCUGGUCCGCCUCUUGGGUGUUUGUCUCAGUCCGACAAUCCAGCUGGUCACUCAGUUGAUGCCCCAUGGCUGCCUGCUGGACUACGUCCGUGAACACAAGGACAACAUCGGCUCGCAGCUACUUCUGAAUUGGUGCGUCCAGAUUGCAAAGGGGAUGAUGUACUUGGAGGAGAGACGGCUGGUUCAUCGAGACCUGGCGGCAAGAAAUGUGCUGGUGAAGUCACCGAAUCACAUAAAGAUCACUGACUUUGGCUUGGCAAGACUGCUGGAUGUGGAUGAGAAAGAAUACAACGCAGAUGGCGGAAAGAUGCCAAUUAAAUGGAUGGCUUUGGAAUGUAUUCACUACCGCAAGUUCACUCAUCAAAGCGACGUGUGGAGCUAUGGUGUCACCAUUUGGGAGCUGAUGACUUUUGGUGGGAAGCCGUACGAUGGAAUCCCAGCCCGUGAAAUACCGGACAUUCUGGAGAAAGGAGAACGCCUUUCCCAACCUCCAAUCUGCACCAUUGAUGUCUACAUGGUGAUGGUGAAAUGCUGGAUGAUUGAUGCCGACAGCAGGCCCAAGUUCAAAGAGUUGGCAGCGGAAUUUUCUAGAAUGGCUCGAGAUCCACAGAGGUACUUGGUAAUUCAGGGAGAUGAUCGUAUGAAGCUGCCCAGCCCAAACGACAGCAAGUUCUUCCAGAGUUUGCUGGAUGAAGAGGAGCUGGAAGACAUGAUGGAUGCCGAGGAGUACCUGGUCCCACAGGCCUUCAACAUCCCACCUCCCAUCUACAGCUCAAGACAGAGGAUUGAUUCUAACCGGAGCCAAACAGGACACAGCCCUCCACCUGCGUACACUCCCAUGACAGGAUGUCCCCAUGUUGCAACUGUCCAGUGCUCCCAUUCAACUUGUGCCGGUCAUCACAAAGAUGUGCUCACAGAAUCACCAAAGCAGGGCCAGUUUGUGUACCGUGAUGGGAUCUUCGGGCCAGAGGAAGGGCUGCCCCCCAGCUGCUCUGGGCCUGCCCCACUGGAGGAACAGGGUGCAGCCUCGCCAUUGGAGGUGUUCGAUGACAUGUGCUGUAAUGGCACGUUGAGGAAGCAGGCUUCCCGUCAACGGGAAGACAGCAGCACCCAGCGGUACAGCGCUGACCCCACCGUCUUCCUGUCAGAGCGUGGACAGAGGGGUGAGCUGGACGAGGACGGCUACAUGACCCCCAUCCAGGACAAAAAGACCACAGCGGCUUGUGAGCGAGCAGGAUCUACCCAGGAGGACCGAACACUGGCAAGGCCAUCCAAGGCAGAUGCCAAGGCCAAGCUAUCUCGUGCAGAGUUCUUGAACCAAGUGGAGGAGAACCCAUUCGUGACUCUUCGGAAAAAUGGUGACGUCCAUGCCCUGGAUAACCCAGAGUACCACAACGUCCCAGAGGGACCACAGACCACGGAGGAUGAGUACGUGAAUGAACCCCUCUAUCUCAACACAUUUGUCAAUGUGGUUGAGAACCCAGAGUACCUACAGGACAAGAUUGCCAUAUCAGAAAAUGUUGACAAGGCCUUUGAUAACCCUGACUACUGGAAUCACAGUUACCUGUCCAAAGGUACCAUGCACAAUCCCGAGUACCUGCAGGAGUAUGGCACAAAGUUUUUUUACAAGCAGAAUGGACGCAUCAAACCCAUCGUAGCAGAGAACCCCGAGUAUCUUUCAGAGUUCUCACUAAAGCCAGGGACUGUACUGCCUUCGUAUGGACAGCGUAAUACGGUGGUGUAACCUUCACACCUCCUGAGACUCCAGCUUCACUGGACCUCCUUAUCAAACCACAAACUGGUAUCCUCAAUGAUGACUGGAAGGACAAUGUCUGAGGUCAAAGUACUGGCAAACUUUGUCUGAACUGAAGGAGAGUUGGAUUGCUAGAAUUCAGCCCUAAUCCAAUUCGAUCUUUCUAACUGGCACCCGUUACAAAGCAAUAUGGUUACAAACAGAAAAAAAAUGAAGGAUUGCUGUGGAAGUACCAAAAAUGUAGAUCUUUGGGAUUGACUUCUCCUACGGACCUUUGGCAAAACAGUUUCAAGGUUACGGUUAAGGAACAGAGUGCAAUAGGCUGUCAAUGGGGGAUGGGGAAGAGGGUGGGUGUGGGGUGCAACAUUGAGGGUUGAUUCUCAAAGAAAGCUUGUCCAAUUAAACGUAGCCCUCUAAUUAGAACAAAGAUCCACAAACCCAGCUGUCCUGUAACACUAAGGUACAAAUCUUUUUUCUUUGGGUCACACUAGCAUCUCAAUAUCUGGUACAUGUUGGAUCCUCUGAACUGGUAUCCAGGUAUAAAACGUCUAUGGAACAGGCACCCAGCAUAGGGAACUUUUCCAACAGUGGACCUUGGUGCAGAUGAGGUGAAAUCCUAUGAGCCUGCCAAAAUAAGUCUGGGUGCAGGAAUUAACUGGAUGGGCCUCACCUGGGCUGGUGGACCUGUAGCAAGCACAUCUUGUUGAUUGACCCUUUACCACCCCUAUAGAUGCCAACUAUUUAACUGAACACUAUGGCAAGCUUCAUUUUGAAGGUGGCUUUAUUAUGUAGCAGACCUCUCAAUUCUUUUUUGUACUUAAAUAUAGUUAAUAACGGAUAAUUUUUGAAACAUUGGGAAGUAAGCCGUUCUUAAUUCUUAAUGAUAGAUUGAGAGAACAGUUUUGUAAUUGAAAAAUUAAUGGAAGGGGUUCGUUUUGUCUUUGAUAAGCACACAUCAGCACUGCCAAUCGUGUUUGUUACUAAAGUUGAUAUUGUAAAUGUCAUGAUUAUGCUGCUUUUAAUAGGCCUCAUCCAACAUUGCUUUACUUUCACUGGCACACAAGGCGUGAGUUCAUUCAGGCAUUAAUGGGGUCACCAGAGCAACACCUAUUUAAUUGUCUUUUUUUGCUCAGUGGGACUGGAGUUUAGGGGCGGGCUGAAUCCUGUCAGAGAGGUGUUAGCCAGAGGUCCAAUCUGACCAAUCUGCAAUGUGCUUGCAUUCAGUCAGAUGACAAACCAGGCCAGUUUGGAGCACAGUUGACACACACUGGCUGACUCAGGCAAUUGCACCUCCAAGGUUCCUCAACAUCACCCAGGCUUACACUAUAUAUCUUUGCAGAAAGACAGUGAAGGAAUGUGAGCGAACUCAGCUAAUCAGCCCAUUUAUAUCUCUAUCUGGAAAUGAUAAAGUGCUGGUAUCUCAAGGUGUCCUUCCCUGCAGUGUUAGGAUAGCCGCUCGCUCUUUAGGAAAGCCACAAGGUUAAUCGGAAAUUACAUGAAUGAUUACUGCUUGGCUGUAUAGCAUUGCUCUCCGGAAACACUACAUUACAAGUUUUCCCAAAGGCUGUGCUGCAGAAGUGUUGAACAUGGAAAGGAACACAACGUCUAUUUACAAUCUAGGUCAGUCAAUUCCAUCAACAAUUCAUAGUUAAGUACUUCAAAGAAUUCUCUUUUUCCUUUUUUUGAUGCUAACUUUUGAGAUUCAAUUUUUUGUCCUUUGGCCUAGAUGCCUUAUUUAACCUGAAGUCGAAUGUUUUGAUCGAAACAUAAUCAUUAAAACGCAUCGCAGCCUUCACCAGGAGUUAAGCCGGGGAUACUCAAAGUUCGAAAAAUCCCUUCCUUGAGGAGAUUGCUGUAACUGGAUGGGUUUGUUUCGAGGGAUGGUGAGCAAUAAGGGCAGCUGAGUGUAUUGUGCCUGAUUUGCCCUUGGACGCCAGUGACCUUGUGUGAGAUUUGAUGAAGUAUAACUGGUAAAAAGACAGCAAAAUGGUGAGGGUAGAAACUCAAAACUGGAGUCAUCUCUGUGUUGAACAAUCCUGUAAGUCCCAUCUGACAGUGAAAGACAGCAACAAACAAUCUGCUGAAGUAACUCAGUGGUUCGAACAGCAUCUGUGGGAGGAAAGGAAUUGUCGACACUUUGAGUCGAAACCCUGCAUCAGGACUCACAGAUGCUGAUCGACCUGCUGAGUUCCUCCAGCAGAUUGUGUGUUGCUCCAGAUUCCAGCAUCUGCAGCCUCCUGUGUCUCCUCUGACGGUGAAAGACUUUGCGUAUACACCUCGUUCUGAAUAUGAGCUACAAGACCUCUAACAGUGUGAGGACCUCCCGAAUGAAUUUACAAAAUUGGGCUGAAGUUAAAAGUUAGCGCCACAGCAUUUCACGCAUUGCUAAAUGUUGGAUUCUCAUGGCAAACCAUAUGUAGCCACAUCACUGUUGUGCUGACUGUUGGGAAGGUGGACAAACCUUAAAGAUCUUUCCCAUUGGCAGUUAUAGAGAUGUGGAAAAUUCCACAGCAAGGAGACUACCAACCUCCAGCAUGUGUGUGACCUGCCCCCAUCUCAAUCCAAUGCCCCAGUCAAAUCCCACACUAUGAAUGGCCCUUGCUUCUGUGAGGUAUGGUUCGAACGAUAACAGAUAUGGUAGCAUCUUCUACUGAGGCACAUAAAAUGGAAAUGAUGUAGUCAAGAAGGGUACUCAUAGUAAUGAAAAAUAAGUCUGGCCAAAUUUAGAAGUUAAACAUCAAUGUCAUACUGGGAACCCUUUAAUUCACUUCUCUUUGCUGAUUUGCUGUGGGGUUUGGUCCUUGCUUUUUGAGUCUGAUAAAAAAAAGUUACACCUUUAUGCAUUAAUUUAUUUUGGUAACCGUGACAACGUCUACUGCACACGCGGUGACAUCAUUAGGUGUACGGCUGCAGCAGGGAAAAUGUCACCUGCAUUAGGAUGAAUCCACAGCCAGGCUAAUGUCCCGAUGUGCACUAAUUGACACAGAAUUGAUCGCUAACGUGUUCUGACCUGGAGAAAGCUGUACAUUAUGCGAACAUGGGCAAAUGAAUCCAUGAGUUUUCUGUCACACAUUUUAAGUGGCAUUUCUUGUCACAGUAUAAAUCAUGAGCUAUAAAAUUACUGUCAGCAAUCUGCAUUGAGGAUAAGUACAAAAGGAUGUGUUGCAUCUUUUUUAUGCAACCAUAAGCACAGAGGCACGUGAUAGAAACAUGUCAUUGAGAAACUGACAGCAAUAAUAUUAUUUUUGGAUGAUUCUGCAAUUAUAACCUGACCUGGGGAUGUCGAAUACUAACCCUGACUGUCUCUGAGGUUUGGAAAACUUUGCAGAUUUAUGGGAAGGGAGCUGAUUGCAGUGAGGUUCAUUGGAUAGGACUUUCAAAGAGUUAGUGCAGACAUAAUGGGUUAAAUGGCCUCCUGUGUGGUGUAAAGAAGUGACCGUUAAUUAAGUGCACCAGUAAAAUACAGGGAACUAUUGUGUCAAGUCUUUCUUUGCUCUCUAUUUACACACAAACAGACAAAGUAGUAGACCACUUGGCCCCUUGAGCCUGCUACCCCAUUCCAUAAAGUGAUAGCUGAUCUUACUGUAACCUCCAUUCUCAUCCACCCAAUAUGUCACCUCUUAAGCCACUUGUCAGCUUCCUCAGAAGCCCCAUUUACCACAAAUAACACCUUUCCUCACCCUCAGUGUGUUGGAACACAGAUACAUUGGAAACAGCAGUAGGAGUAGGCCAUUCAGCCCUUCAUACCUGCUCUGCCAUUCAAUACGAUCAUCGAUGAUCCUCUAUCCCAAUACCAUAUUCCUUUUCUCUCCCCUUUACCCAUUUGUGGCUGCAAGUUUUCUCACUUAUACUCAGCGACUUGGCCUCCACAACCCUCUGUGGCAGAGAAUUUCACAAAUUCGUCAUUUCUCCUCAUCUCAGUCCUGGGACUGUAAACCUUCUCCCUCCCCCCCUCCCCCACCCCCAACCCCAACCAGGGAGACGGUCUUCCCAGCACCCAGCCUGUUGGGGUGUUUGUAUGAGACACAGACCCCGCUUCAUCUUCCAGUCCAGCCUUCCUUUUGCAGGACCCCACUACAGUGGUUUGUCACAGAAACAGGUCCUUCGGCCCACCACGUCCAUGCUGACCUUCUGUGCCUUGCCUAUUUGCACCAAAGUCUUUCUACCAUCACAGCUAAUAAAAAGAGUCCCUCUUUGGACAAUCAUGUCACCCGUCCUACCGAUCUUCUGUUUCAACCUGGCGGUGUCCUUUGGGAUAGGCCUUUCACACCUGGGUAUCUCAGUGGUCAGAGAAACCUCUGUAUGGGAGAGACAGAGAUGUUACUGCAACCUUGCAUUCCUCCCGCAUUAACCUGGUGGAGGUGGGGGGUGGGGGGGUGGUGAGUACCCUGAUGUGCACCUGAUGCGCAGCAUGAUCAGUGUACCUUCCGAUUUUGAGUGCUAUUUCCUAGGGUUGGGGAAAUCAAGAACUAGAGAGCAUAGGUUCAAGUUGAGAGGGGAGAGAUUUAAUAGGAACCUGAGGGGUAUCCUUGGGUGUUAGAGAGAGCCUGAGAGCUCUUGACAGGAGGUCAUGCUGGGGCUUCUGCCAGGGCCUAGGAGGUGUGCACUGCAUCUUUAAAUGUAUCCGAAGCUGGAUCUCGGGGGACUGAGUUAUGGAGAGAGGCUGAGCAGGUUGGGGCUUUAUUGGAGCGUAGGAGAAUGAAGGGUGAUCUUAUAGAGGUGUAUAAAAUUAUGAGGGGCAUAGAUAGGGUGAAUGCCUAUUGUUUUUUUUCCCAGAGUUGGGGAAUCCAGAACUAGAGGGCACAGGUUUAAGGUGAGAGGGGAGAGAUUUAAUAGGAACCUGAGGGGCCACUUUUUCACCCAGUGGGUGGUCAGUAUAUGGAAUGAGCUGCCAGAGGUUGAGGCAGAUGCAUUAACAACAUUUAAGGACACUUGAACAGGUACAUGAAUAGGAAAGAUUUAGAGGGAUCUGGGCCAAACACAGCGAAUGGGACUAGUUUAGAUGGGAAUCUUGGUCAGCAUGGACCAGUUGGGCCGAAAGGCCCAUUUCUGUGCUGUGUGACUCUACGGCAUUCCCCUCCAACAACCCCAAUCAAAAUUCCAUCGGCGUCUGUUCACCAAAGUACAAUCUGACUUCGCUGAUCUUUGAGCUCCAACCUCAAAGAAUUGAAAAUUUCCUGGAACUAUCAAUAAUCAGUCAUCCUGCCUGGAGUUCGGAAAUGUUUUGACAGCUUGACCUUAGCUUAUGUACCAUUUAGCCUGACUAUACUCUGGGUACUCAGAUUCAGUUUAUGAGAGGCACAUUUAAUUCCAGGGAGGAAUGUCAUUGAUGUAUAGAGAAGAGUUUGUGAGCACUGUUCAUGUGAGCAGCUUGGCCUUUCAGAUAAUCACUGCUUUCAACAUUCUGAUGCCUGGAUGAAAGUCUAGCCAAGAGAUCAUUCUAUUGAGGUCUCCAUAACCAUAUAUGAUUCAUCCCACUGUGAGUCACCAUGAAGGAUCCUUGGGAUGUGAUAAGCUGUGAUCAGAAUGCAAAAUAUUAAUUUCCUUCUUACAUUUUCAAUGUCAGCAAUAUUGUAUAGGCGUUAAUUGUACUUGUCAAUCAGAACCAGACAACUGGACGGACAAGUGACUUGCGUGACAGAUGUGGUGGUGAUCAACCCAUCCACUACACAUCGAUCCCGAGCAGGCAGGCAGGAGGACUUGGAAAAGCUGACGGUGUCCUUCCCAAUGUAAGCAGGUCCAAGUCCAAUCAUGUCAGCUGUCUGCAUCUGCCUGAAUUAAACAACUGGUUAAAAACUUCCUCUUGUGUUAACAAACAAUCCUCUGGAGGAACAGCAGGUCAAGCAGCAUCUUUGAGGGAGAAAGGAAAUGUUGAAACUUCAUGUCGAAACCCUGUAUCAAGAUAAAGGGCCCUGCAUCAAAGGAUGCCAACUUUGAAGAAGUUUUCAGACCGAAACGUUGACAAUUCCUUACCCCCAAAGAUGCUACUCAACCCACUGAAUUUCUCCAGCAGAUUGGUUGUGUUCCUGAUUCCAGCAUCUGUCGUCUCUUGUAUGUCCCUCUUCUGUAAAUGGUUGCAGUUAAUAUUCAGGUUCACAGGAGGAAGGGGUUAUGUGAAGAUCCUUGGGUCAUAUUUUCAUAAUGAGAGCUAACUGCUGUUUGUUCUCCACUUGAGGUUAAGGUGGCCCCUAACUCCCAGGAGAUUUCAAACUCCUGUUAGCAGGGCAACAUUAAAGUUAUUGACUUUUGAAAGUAUUUGUGUGGUUGUGUGCAGUGGUUUUUAGACAGCAGUUGAUAUGUACUCAUUACGAGGACAGGCAUGUUCGUUGGGGUGGGUCAAAGAAUCAUCUCAAGGAAAGAGAGAGAGGGAUGGUUCAUGUGGCAUGAUCCAGAGUUUAGAGCUUUGCCUUCUGAAGGCACAGCUGCCAAUGGAAGGGCGGUUGAUGGUGGAGGUAUGAAAGAGGCCGGAAUUGGAGGAAAGCAGAGAUCUCAGAGCUUGUAAGACUUCAGCAAGUGGGACAUGAAGCCUGAAAAGUACUGAAGUCAAGAAUGGGGCUUCAAAAUCUGAAGCAUUUGUUUGUGAAUGGCACCAGUACGUAGAUUAAUAAGCAGCCCAAUAUCUUGGAAUGCUGUAGGCAGGGGAUUUUACCUGGGGCGGAUUCUCAUAAGACAACUUAGGACAAGGCUUUAGGUAAUUAACCAGCAUCAGACAACUUCACCAGGAAAGCAUUGUACCAAGCAUAUCCUUUCAUCAUGAUCUGUGCAAAGGAAGCUAUAUGUUUACUUUCAACUGCUGGUGAUUGCACAUCAACUUUAAUGGAGUGCAUCUGGAAUACAGAGAACCUUUGCAAGAAUUUAUUCAGUGUAUUGAAACUGAUGACGUGUCUUUACAUGGAAGCCUGGUGCAGCCUGUACUGUUGUAGAAAGAAGGUCUUUCUGCUCAUAUUUAAAAUGGAUACUAUCCAAAAUGAUAGCAAUGUUGACAAGCAGUGUGAUUGGCUGCAGGCACUCAGUCAGUCUGCUGCUCUGCUGUAACCGGAAGUUAAACUUGUGAAGUGUGGAUCUUGAUAGUUGUCUGACUUCUGUCCAUUUGUGGAAGGGUAAAAUGUCUUCAGACCAUCCCUGUUGGCAAUGGUCUUGGGGUUAUUGUCACAGCCUGGAUGAGCCAGUCAUUUAUAUUAAUUCAAGGCUGUGGAUGUCACAAGUAAUACAGCAUUUAUUGCCCAUCCUGAAGGCAGUUAAGGGUUAACUAAAUGGUGGGUCUGGAGUCACAUAUAGAUCAAACAAGCUGGGGACAGCAGAUUCCCUGCUCUGGAUUGCGUGAGGGAACUGGAUGGGGGUUUUCAACAAUCUGUUGUUUUGCGGGUAGUUUUACCUAGAGUACUUUAAUCCUAGAUUGAUUAAAGUACUGGAAUUUAAAUUCCCCAACUGUGAUGGUGGGUUUCAAACUUAUGUCUCUGGAUCAUUGGCCCAGAACACCAACUGGUAAGUUGGUAAAUAGGUUUAUUAUUGUCACAUGUACUGAGGUACGGUGAAAAACUUCGUUUUGCAUGCCAUCUAUGCAGGUUAUUUCAUCACAUCAGUACAUUGAGGUAGUCCAAGGGAAAACAACAACAGAAUGCAGAAUAAAGUGUUACAGUUACAGAGAAAGUGCAGUGCAGGCAAACAAUAAUGUGCAAGGGCCUUGACAAGGUAGAUUAUGAGGUCACAAUUAACCACUGCACCACGAUGUGGCAGGGAGGUUAUGUGUCUGUAGUCCUGGUGGCGACAGGGUUAGUUCUGUCCUCUCACAGCUCCAGAAACCUGGGUUCCAUCCUGACCUUCAGUGCUGUCAGUGUGGAGUUUGCACGUUCUCUGUUGACUGUCUGGGUUUCCCCUGGGUGUUCCAGUUUCCUCCCACAUCCCAAAGAUGGGCAGGGAGGUUAGUUGGCUGCUAGAAAUUAGCCACAAUCAAAGGGAAGUUUCUGGGCAUGUACUACAGAAUAAGUUGCAGGGCCACAGGGAAAUAGGAGGGGGAAUGGGACUGAUGGGAUUGAUCCCUGGAUCUAAUGGGCUGAAUGGCCUCCUUAUGUUUUGUAGUAAAUAAUUAACUUCUGCUGUGCCCCUCUUGAACUGCUGGUGAGAUGUUAGAGUAGUACCAACCAUUGGAAUAGUCCAGAAGUUGUAGGGCCAUGGAAGGAGUGAUUGCAAUGACAGGAAGUUGACCAGUGCACCAAAAAUAAUCCUUCCUAUUCCCUGUUCAAUGAAGCAACUGGUUUAUUGACAUCAUGGAGACUUCAGCCAGCCAAAUGAACAUCAAGAAAAGUUGACAUCCUCACCCAGACUUGCUGCCACAGCUACGUGUCCUUCCUUAGUACUUGUCUUCAGCGCUGCUUGUCACCCCUCCUCACCUGGAUCCACCUGUCGCCUGCCAGCUGUAGCUCCACCCCUUCCCCUCACCUUUUAUACUGUCCAUCUCCCUUCUAUCAUUCGGUCCAGAUGAAGGGACUUGACCCAAAAUGUUGACUGUCCAUUUCCCUGCCUGACAGUGCAAACAACGUCUCUCUGUAGAAUUGUCUGAAUCAGUGAUGGGGACUUUAAUCCCAGAAAAGAAAGCCCUGCGGAGAAUGAAAAUCCCACCAAACCAUUUCCCAGUGGGAACUAAGCCACACAGAAAUAGGUGCAAAAUUUCUCUACCACAGGUUACUUGAUUUUCAAUACAGUGUUGUUUUAUUAUUGGAGUUGUCUAAAUAAAUUUUAAGCCCGGAGCGAUUGCCAGAUCCUGACUUUCAUUACAGCAUCCAGUUACUGUUUUAAGAGGCUUAGAAUUGUUACAAACACGUUAAAUCUCGAUGGAAUUUUGAUUAUCUUGGAGCUUGAUUUUCACUCCUAUAGAUGAGUCCCACUACCUAACUUUUUGUUAGGUGGUUCCUCAGUAGUCUAAUGGUUGCAUUGGGUGACAUGUACUUUAAAUACCAAUGGCUCAUAAUCAGAUUUAUUAUCACUGAGUUAGAUGACUUAGGCAGCAGUACAGUGCAAAGACAUAAAAUUACUAUAAAUUACAAAAUUAAAUAAAUAGUGCAAAAUAAAGGAAUAAUGAGGUAGUGUUCAGAGGUUUAUGGACAGUUCAAAAAUCUGAUGGUGGAGGGGAAGAAGCUGUUUCUGAAUCAUUGAAUGUAGGUCUUCAGGCUCCUGUACCUCCUCCCCAAUGGUAAUAACAAGAAGAGGGCCUGUCCCGGAUGGACAAUUCCACAAAACUGUUCUGUUUAAAUAAUUUGUGAAUUCUCUUAUUUUAAUGCACACAUCUCUUUGUUUAAAGUGCAUACACUGGAAAUUUAUUAUUAAGAUACCCAUCCAUAUUUUAACACUCUGAAUGCUUAAACUCUCACUAUCCCUUGAUUGAUGUUCAGGCCUGCCUCUUCCUUUGGGACAAGGGGAGACCAGGAGCUAUGGCCUCAUGUUGGCCCUUGUUGAUUCAGUUUCUUCUGUCUCCAGGCUCUUUGCCUUCCUGUUUAAAUAUUGUCUGUGGAUGACAACUCUCUUUGGUGUUGGGACUGGUGCUUAGUCCCAAAGGUGGAUUGGUCGGUGUGGCUUGCAGGUAAAUAAUAAUUAAAACCUUAAACCAGUCUCCAAUCAAGGUCACUUGGAGUUAUAAUAGAGGCACUUUAUCAAUGAGACUGGCUGUUGGGUGGUAAACAUGCCAAAGGAGUUUUGAAGGCAAGCAUUUCCAUCCAAAAAUUCUUUGUCAUCCACCACCCUCACCCCCUCCACCUCAACUUUCAUGUUCUCCUCAAAGCUCCAAUCCAGUCCAAACCUUCUAAGAAGACGAUUGGGUAAGUCCCCCAUGAACCACAUGGAGACCACAUUACUGUAAGUGACCAGAUUGCUUUUGUGCACAUGUAUCCAUUAUAUAACUAACCUUAGGUCGCUGCAAUUGCUGGAGAAAUAAUCCUGCUGUAAUCAAGAGAAUUUGCUGUAGUUUUGAUCGUGUGUUCUGUUUGUUGUAAUGCACAGAGACUUGGUUUAAAGCCAUUCUGUCUGCUGUAAAUCCUGCCCUAACUCCUAACCUAUUAAUUCUCAGUCCAUGAAGCAUUUCCCAACAGGAUGAAGUGACUAACAAUCACCAAUCUGGUCUGCAGUACUUGUCCUUUGAGGUGAUCACCUUCUGCAUUGGCGCUGGUGUAUAUACAAGUAACUCAAGGUAGUUUGAAUGAAAAAUUCCAAAGACAAAAUAUAUUUUUGGAAUGGCCACAGCAUUGUAAAAAAAAGCACUAUAGGUACCCUGCGUAAAAAGGUGGUGUUUUCUUUUGAUGAAGUCACCAUUUGUUCCCUCGGCCUUUGUUGUGCUGCAGGAUAAAGAGUUGACUAAUGAAACUCUGAGCAAAUAUUGAUACUGAAUUCACUGCAUUACAUGGAAAAUGUGAAUAGUAUUUUUUAUAGAUUGUUUAAGAAAUGGCUAGAUGCAUUUGUAAAUAAGGGAGACUCUUGCUUUUAAUUUGUGGAAUUGUUUUAUUUGAGGCAUACUUGUCCCUUUAGGGUUGUUUUGUAUAUAUAUGUAUUUGGACUGUGGCGUUUUUUUUAAAUUCACAGGAUUGUAGAACUGCUGAUGAUUAUGUGUUCAGCACUAGUUAAUGUGGUGUUUUAACUUUUGCGCUUGGCUUUAGCUAUAGGAAGCCUUAGCUCUGUGUCUGGUGUCUGAUUAAUUAGCUUUUGGAAACUCAGCUUAAAACAAAUAAUUGUAUUACUCACCUUCACAGAACCAAUAACUAACUUUGAAGCUAUAAUUCUCUUCAGUCUCUAGUUUAGCUUCUUAAGCUCUUUAUUUUCAAAUGGCAAUGUUCAUUCCUGCCCUUUGUCUUUUCUGUGCUCAUUAGCAGUGCAAACCUGCCUCCUAAUUUUUAUUUGAGUGUUUAAGUAGAAUGAUGCUAUAAAACUGGUUAUAUUGCAGCAACCUACAGAUCAGCCAUCAUCUAUGCUGUACAAUUUGAAGACUUCUUCGUUUUUGUUACAUGAAUCUGUCAAAAAUAUAUUUUUAAUUUAAUAUAAACAGACUUAA